AUGGCUUAUCAUGGAAGGGUUAAGAAAGUAAUGAUCCAACCGAUCAAUGUGAUCUUUCGGUUCCUCCAAAAUAAAACUAGGGUUCAAAUUUGGCUUUAUGAACAAACUAAUACGAGAAUAGAAGGAUACAUAUUGGGAUUUGAUGAGUACAUGAAUUUAGUAUUGGACGAUGCCGCUGAAGUUAGCAUAAAAAAUAAUCAAAGAAGACCUAUAGGUCGUAUUCUAUUAAAAGGAGAUAAUAUUUCUCUCAUUACUGGCGCCCAAUAA